GCGGUGGGCGCCGCCAUGGGGGAGCUGUUCCGCAGCGAGGAGAUGACCUUAGCCCAGCUUUUCCUGCAGUCCGAGGCCGCGUAUUGCUGUGUCAGCGAGCUGGGCGAGCUGGGGAAGGUGCAGUUCCGCGAUCUGAACCCGGACGUGAAUGUGUUCCAGCGAAAAUUUGUUAAUGAAGUCAGGAGGUGUGAAGAAAUGGACCGAAAGCUCCGAUUUGUUGAAAAGGAGAUCAAAAAAGCAAAUAUUCCUAUCAUGGACACAGGUGAAAACCCAGAGGUGCCAUUUCCACGUGACAUGAUUGAUUUGGAGGCAAACUUUGAGAAAAUUGAAAAUGAAUUGAAAGAAAUCAACACAAAUCAGGAAGCUCUGAAAAGAAACUUCUUGGAGCUGACGGAGUUAAAAUUUAUACUGCGUAAAACUCAGCAAUUUUUUGAUGAGGUCAGAAUACCGGGUGUGGGUCAGCACUUGGGCAGCAGGUUCUCCUCCCUCAAACUACCAUUUUUAUUCUCAAAUAUAUUUUCAGUUGUUGUUUUGGACAGCAGAUUCAUCUUCCUGCUUUAUCUAAGAAAGCUUCUCAAAUUAUUUUCCAUUUCUCAUGCAGUACACAUAGCCAUGGGUACAUAAUCAUGGGGAUUUACCUCUUUAAUUCUUUUUAACUUAAACAAUGGCUUCACUAAAAAUAUGCAAAAUAAAGUACUAGUAGUUCUGAAAGCAUGUCGACAGAACAGAAAUUUGCUGGUACAGCUAGCGAGAGUUUCUUCGUUAUGUGUACAGAUAAGCAGUCAUGCCUCAGUUACAGAGGUAUUACAAUCAAACUUCAGUGUUUGAAAUGUUAUAUGGAGAUUGUUCAUUAAGUCGUAAGACAAAGUUCAUGGAAGUUAACGGAUUUAUUUUUAACAUGUUGAGCCUUUGAUCAAGCCCCCGAAACUUUUAGAGGUAAGUUCUAGAGGAAAACAACAUUUAAAAUCGUUAACGUUUUGUCAGAUGAGAGCUGGGUCAGAAAGGGACGUACAUCUCGUGUCACUCGUGGUAUUUUGGCCUAAAGCCUGAAUAACAGAAAAGUUGGUCCUUCAUCUUAAAGCAUAAGUAUCUCAAAUCCCAGGGAGUUUUCUCAAAGAGCUCCCGUGUGGUUGUUAGAGUAGUAAGGACAUGGUUUUUGCUGAGACUGUGUCCAGUUUCCUCUAAUCAGCGAUUUGAUCAAAGAGUUCUUAUUGGAUGUGGCUCCUGGUGUUCGCAGAGGCUGUGAUGAAGAGCAGUUGGGCUCCUGCAAACUUCAGGCCGUUUCUCUGACGGUUUUUUCCUUGGCUCAGGAUGGUGCCUGUUCAGGCAUUAAGAUUAUUCCUGUGCCAAAACAAGCCUUCCUUGCUGCUGAUGUAGAUACUGCCCGUGUGAUCUGUUGGCUCAUGGGAUUUUUCAAUACCAAAAGACUCGUCUUCGAGUGUUGAAUGCCUGCCCAGGAGUUGCUGAGAGUCUCUUUGGACGACCAGCAUGAAUUUGAUAAUCUGUUACGUAGCUGCAUUAAGAUGCUGAUUGGCUCUCCUGUUCUAACUGAAUAUUGAGUAAAACCUUGCACUUGCAUUAAUUGCACUCAUCUAGAGAGAGCUGCCUACUGCCUUUCUUCGAGGACAGUAUGAACAUACUGAAAUUAAUUUUCUACUUAAAAAUCUGUCAGAUCUUCUGGGCUUUGUGCAAUCCUACAUAUCCUCAAACAUUGAAUGCUUUACUUUGUCAUGCUGUCAUUUGUAUGGAACCUUCAACACUGGAAGACUUUUAAGUUGUAAUCAAGAUUGUGCUAUUCAUAGUAAUAAGUUGCACAAGAAAUGGCUUGCUGCUUAGUCUUUUAUAUUUAGCAUUUGCUGUCUGGAGUCUCUGCAAUGGGGGUGGGAGGUUGUGAAAUUCUCUCAGUUCUUGUUAUGACCAUUCUUGUUAGCAUAGCCGUUUCUUGUUUCAACACACCAUGUUGAUGAUUAUGCUCCUUUUCUUAGUCUUCUUGUUUUUGCUUAUAAACAACAGUAUGGGCUGGAGAGCUUUCUCUGAAAGUUUUGCCAUAAGCAUCCUAAAGUGUGAGCGUAAAAGAAGACUGGAAAAGUAAUGGUUAAUGGCAUGCAGUCCCCGUCUCUCUUCCCUCUAACUCUUCUCAUCACCUGCUUUUUUUCUGUUUGUUUUGCAUCUGUCAUUUCUGUCUGGGCUCUGGGCUAAUAAGCUAAAUGGUGAAAUGAAUCCCUUUUAUUCUCGUGAAAAUUGAUUUUUGUUUCGGUCGUGACCUGGAAGGGGCUUGAAUUGUAUGGUGUUGUGGGCAGGAAUCCAGAGCCAGCACAGAGCAGAACCUGAAUCAAGAGCGUGGAAAACUAAACUUUUCUCAGAUCUUGAGAUUGAAGGUGCUGAGCAGGGUGAACACUUAAAACUGAGUGUGACCCGAUGUCACAACAACAACAAAACACAUAAAUGCAACUUCACAGUAACCUGGAAGUUUCACUCACUGCUGGAGGCAAAUGUUGCUCGAAGGACAUUUCCUGGCGUUUCAUCUUUCUGCAUCGUUGCUGAUGGCACUUUGAUUUCCUUGUAGUCUCUCCACUUUCUGUUUGUUGAUUCUUUUAACACUGACACACCUUUCCUUCCAGAACAGAGCGGAUCUUACCACAUCAUUUUCUUUGUAGAAAGAGCAUGAGCAUCAAAUUAAAGCACUUGGGAGAUAAAGUUAAAGAACAUAUUGUUUUUUUUCUUUUUUAUGCAAAUAAUUCUUCUGUAUGUAAGUUCUUGGUUAGUGAAGCUAGUCUAGUCAUCAUCUUUUUUUUUUCCUCCCCAAG